AUGGCUUCCCACAUUGCGCGCCGGGCUUUCACCACUACCGCUCGCCGGCUGGCCUCCAGCGAGGAGGCCCUCAAGACCGAGUCAAAGAAGAACCCCGAGCUCAUGAUACUCGGUGGUGUUAUGGUUGCUGCCCUCGGCGGCGCCGGCUACUACUUCGGCCGUUCCCCCACUAAGGCGACUUCUGAGAACGCUGUCCCCAUCGCCUCUCACAGCAUGCCCUGGGAGACUGGCUCGUCGGGCAAGUACCAGUACCACCCUGGCGGCGACCCGAACGCUCCCCUCAAGGAUGCUCCUAGCGCCGUCAACGUUGUCGUCAUCCCCAACGUGAACCUUCCCAAGCGCCUGCAUGACAAGUACAACAAGUGGGGCAAGGAGGGCUACUAA